GUUCUGGAGGAAAGGGGGAAAGGGUUAUUGCUUGUCUGCUCCCGUCGAUCUUCAACACAGAUGUCGAAACCCAUCGAUUAUUCCAAGUGGGACAAUCUCGAUGACAGCAGCGAUGAAGAUGACGGCCCGCCUCCCUCGUCCGCCUCCAGGCCCGCCGCACCCUCAGCGCAGGCUGUUGCCGCCCGCCUCGCCUCUAUGGCCAUCGGCCGUGGACCGAUGCAGCCCGCGCCACCCAGCAGCACGUCAAGCGCCGUGGACGACCGCCUCCCCUUCAGCUCCAGUGAGAUGCCCGGCUACAAGGUGCGAAUGGACGCCUCGACGCCUGACCCUGAACUGGAGCUUCAGCAGUGCAUCGUGUGCGGCAAGCGACCUGAGCUCGGCCAGCGAUUGAAGGUGUGUGACCGUUGCGUCCGGGAAGUCAGCCCCCUCUACUGCAGCGAGGAUUGCCUGAAGCAGCAUUUCCAGCAGGGGCAGCACACGAGGGAGAUGUGUCGGAUGGGCAGAGCGAUGUACGUUGAGCAGGGCUCGCUGCGCGGCAAUCGGCAUGCCGUCAGGUAAAGAAAUGAGAGGAAACAUGGCGAGUGGCAAUCAUUGUGAUGUCUUCCUACAUAGGUACCUUCUGGGCUGGAUGACUGAGGACGCAUUUUUCAAGCACCAGCGUCAGAAGCAGCAGGAGAUACAAGACGAGAUAGCGGCCUACGGUCGCCCCUCGCAUCUGAAGAUGAGCGUGAGCGUGUUCAACACCGUCGACUUCGCUUUCGGUGUUGUAGAGUUGGCGAGCAGCUUGGCGGAAGGCCAUGCACUUCUCCGCCAUCCCCCUGCUGACACCGGUGGAGUCUUUUACCCCGAUUGCGUUAUCUAUCCCAGCUAUCAAGUCUUCCCUAUCGCUUGGCGUGAGGUGAAGGAGCCCACGGGUCCCGUUCUGGAGGUCAUGCUGGCCGAAAGGAUCGUCAUCGUCAUGUCGAACAUCAUCAUCGCACUGCUGGCGCUGACGGCGCGCUGCCUAGGGGUGAUCGGCAAGCAGUACGUCGAGGGCGACGUUAAUGCCCUGUUCUGGCGCAAAAUGACCUGCCCUCUGCCCAUGGGCGACCGCACUGCGCACUUUUACUUCAUCCCUGCACCAUGCGGCGUCGUUACAGAUGCCCUGACGUACGCCGCGAAAGAGGUCUUCAGCGAUGAAGAGGGGCGGGAGAUAGAUGCGCUGGUCAGCGGGUCCGCUUUGGUGCGGACAGGUGUAAUGACGCUGCAGCAGCGGGUGAUGCGGGACGAAUGGCGAAGGGAGAUCGAGUGGGAGAUCGGCGCCAUGGACGGCAUGAGCGACGCCAUUGACGGCAUGUGUCAAGAGUACGCUGCACAGGUAGGUAGAGAGGGGACACACACACACUUCAUUGGCGCAUGGUCUGUUGUGCGUGAAUGCAGCGAGGCAUCCAGCCACGAGCGCUCAAAGCCGCCUUCAUCGACAAGGCCGUUGCAUUCACGGACGUCUUCAGGCAAGUAAUUACUGUACACUCAAUGCACACGACACAAAUGAAUGGAUGGAUGGACGGACGGAGUGUUCUGUUGUGUGUCUGAGAGCAGGCGGCACCUGAUUGAGUAUGCCGACGGCAUGGGAGAGAUAGUCGGGAAGUCCUUUGCACAGCUGACCGAGCUGACCGACGACGAGAUGCGGCAAAUCAAGGCUGAGGUGGCGGCUGCCGAGUACCCCGCCGACAUCCAGGAGCUGAUCGCAGCCGAGAGUCCGGCAUAUGCAGAGGACGUGGACGGGCCGAUAGUCACUCUGGCUGAUGGGAGGCGGACCUGUGAGAUGGACCUGCUACUGAGGACUCAGGGGCUGCUAUGACUCAACUAGCGGCUGGAGUGGAGUGUGUGUGCGUUGUGAUGGCUGGGUGACGGACGCCUCCUCAGCCCACACAGCGACGUGCUAGACAGCCACAUGCCCUUGUGUGUUUUCGGCUGAUGAGACCUGAGUGGCGCAUUCUCCUGACGUGGUCAAUGUCUUUCCUGUCUCCUGCUUGUGUGUUCAUUCCUCAGCUGCGAUGACACGGGUGAAUUCACUAACCGUCAGGACCAUUACGUGUGUGAGUGCAAUGGGGCCUGGGUUCAGACGUAGGGAUGAAUUAGGUGGGUGGGUGGUCAAUGAAUGAAGUCUAUCAGAGUGCUCAUUGAAGACGAUUUGUGAUAUCAUCAGCGACUGUCGUGACAGGCGCUUCAUGUUUUCGCGAGGCCACUUAAAACGAAACACACGAUUUGAC